UACUCACGGCCUAAGCACGUGUUGAGGACCCAAUUUGUGCGUAGCCCCUACGUCUUUGCCGCACAUAUUCCUCCUCUCCUUUGACGCCUCCAAGUUUCUUGGACGAGUUCAUUUUCGCUUCUUUGUGUUCGAGAGAGGAAUGAGAGGGGUCGAAGGGAGGAUCUUUGAGGAGUUCUCACCUGGGUAUUAUGGCAUUUGUACUGUCGGAGGUAUGCUGAGCGCUGGCGCCACCCAUCUCGCGGUCACGCCUCUUGAUGUCUUGAAAGUGAACAUGCAGGUUAAUCCGAUUAAAUAUCAUGGCAUGGCAUCGGGAUUAUCGGUUCUCUGGAGAGAGCAAGGACCUUCUUCUCUCUGGAGAGGUUGGUCCGGCAAGUUGUUUGGAUACGGCAUCCAGGGUGGCUGCAAAUUUGGUCUCUACGAGUACUUCAAGAAACUUUACUCUGAUUUGCUGGUUGACCGCAACAGUAGUCUCGUAUUCUUUCUAAGCAGCGCUUCUGCUCAAGUAUUCGCAGACGUGGCUCUAUGUCCCUUUGAAGCUGUCAAGGUUCGUGUCCAAACGCAGCCCAGCUUUGCGAAGGGCUUAGUUGAGGGGAUUCCAAAACUGUAUAGGACAGAGGGUCUUUCUGGCUUCUACCGUGGGAUACUUCCUCUCUGGGGCCGUAACCUUCCAUUCUCUAUGGUGAUGUUCUCCACAUUUGAGCAUUCAGUGGAUCUGAUAUAUCGACAAGUUCUCAAAAGGAGAAAGGAGGAGUGCUCAAGAACCCAACAGCUUGGUGUCACUUGUUUAGCGGGUUAUGCAGCCGGUGCUGUUGGUACUGUGAUUUCUAACCCUGCUGACAACAUCGUUGCGUCUCUUUACAACAGAAAAGCUGAAAACGUCGUACAGGCGGUGAAGGAUAUUGGCUUUGUCAAUAUGUUUAGAAGAAGCCUUCCUGUUCGUAUCAUGAUCGUGGGACCUGUUAUUACAUUGCAGUGGUUUUUGUACGACACGAUUAAAGUGCUAAGCGGACUGCCUACCAGUGGAGGGAUUUGCAGUCGCCUAGAAGAAGAAGCUAAUUUAUCAAUUUGAGUUCUAACAGCCUCCGGAUCAACCUGUUUCUUUCCCAAACAAGGAAGCUCGUCUAAGUUUGCCGAACCUCCGGAUUCACUGCAGUUCAUCGAAGAGGAAGUCUAGCCUUCACUGUACAGCUUUUUUUUUCCCCUCAGAUCAAUCCACAGUUACCCCACUGAUUCAGAGAAUUUUAUAGGCUCAAAGGCUUUUGCUAUACCAAUUGUCAAGGCUCUAUUUGCAUAAUUGUAACAGUUGCUUGCUCCGCUUGAUGGUCAUGGGGACGCAUUGUUCUGAUGUUGUAUGAACAAGCGCAGUCUGAGCACACACACAGAGGCUAGAAAACGGGUUUUUGAACACACUUUCUUGCCAUGCAAGUUACCUCCCCUUCUCAAGUUGCCAU